AUGAAAUUUAUAAUAAUAUGGAGAAAUGAAAUCGUUUUUUCCACACUAGCCUCUGCCUCUGACCCCAGCCAUCUUCAGGACUUCUGUAUAGCAAUUAAUGAUACCACAAAUGGUGUUUUUGUUAAUGGCAAGUUCUGCAAGGACCCAAAGCUUGCCAACCCAGAAGACUUCUUCUUUUCGGGGCUUAACAUUCCAGGGAACACAUCAAAUCAACUAGGAUCAAAAGUCACUCUAAUCAAUGCGGACAAAAUAUCAGGACUUAACACACUUGGCAUAUCUCUUGUCCGAGUAGACUAUGCACCCCAUGGCCUAAACCCACCUCACACUCACCCUCGUGCCACGGAAAUCCUAACUGUUGUGGAGGGCACACUCUACGUUGGCUUCGUUACAUCGAACCCGGAUAACCGUUUCAUCACCAAAGUCCUAUACCCUGGAGAUGUCUUCGUUUUUCCAAUCGGUCUCAUUCACUUCCAGUUCAACAUAGGGAACACCAAUGCUGUUGCAUUUUCUAGUCUUAGCAGCCAAAACCCAGGGAUUAUCACCAUUGGAAAAGCAGUCUUUGGCUCAGAACCUGCCAUCAAUCCUGAUGUUCUUGUUAAGGCCAUCCAGCUGGAUAAGAAUAUCGUUAACCAACUUCAGUCCCUGUUCUGGCCGUUAAACAACUAGAGGACUAUAUCUAUACCCAUGAAAUUUAUGUAGUAAAUUGUUGUGGAUAAUGUUUGAUUUGUUUACAUCGUUGAAAGAGGUUGCUUAUGUAAACUAUUUUAAUUUGAUCAUGUAAUAAUCUGGAGUAGAGAAAUUUUUCUGUGUUUUGGACCCACCCCUACUUCAC